AUGGAGGACCUGUGGCAGACACACGCAGAAAACGUGGCUCAAGAACUGCUGCUUGGCUUACCAAGACCGCCCGCCGGCGCCUCGCGCCGUCUAGGCGCGACGCGGUGUUGCCCGGCGGGCGCGCAGCCGCCCAGCAGCAGCCGUGCCGCCCGCGCCGCCGCCGCUCGCGGCGCCCUGCGUCGCGGGGAGAGCGGCGCUGCGGACAGCGGCGCCUUGUGGAGCCAGGUGUCUGAGAUGGUGGGCUUCUUCACGGCCGGCGCCGAGUCCCCGCCGCCGGGCCCUGAGCCGACAGGCGCGGGCGCCGGAGCAGGCGCGUCGCCGUCAGCCGACGGCAGCUCGCCCGUAAAGCGCGUCGUCUGCUCGCCCGACCUGCCCGUCUUCUCGCUCACGCACGCGUUUGAAGAGGCCGCGGCUGCGGCUGCGGCGGCGGCCGCGGCGGCGGUGGCCACUUCCUCCAUGCCAGUGGACAAGGUGGCGGCAGCGGGGGCGGCGUCGGGGGCGGACCCCCUGGAGUGCGCGCUCUGCCGGAAGGUGUUCCCGCACCGCAGCGCCUUGCAGGCGCACGCACGCGCGCACGCCCGUGCCGACGGUGGCGCGGACGCGGCGGCGGCUGGUGGCGGCGGCGCGGGCGGAGGAGGCGGCGGAGCUGGCGGCGGCGGAGGCGGAGACCCCUACCGUUGCAACAUGUGCGGCAAAACGUUCGCCGUUCCCGCGCGACUCACGCGCCACUACCGCACGCACACGGGCGAGAAGCCCUACUCGUGCGAGUUCUGCGCAAAGAGCUUCUCGGUGAAGGAGAACCUGUCGGUGCACCGGCGCAUCCACACCAAGGAGCGUCCGUACAAGUGCGAGGUGUGCGAGCGCGCCUUCGAGCACUCGGGCAAGCUGCACCGCCACAUGCGCAUCCACACGGGCGAGCGGCCGCACCGCUGCGACGUCUGCUCCAAGACCUUCAUCCAGAGCGGCCAGCUCGUCAUCCACCGGCGCACGCACACGGGCGAGAAGCCCUACGUGUGCAAGACGUGCUCCAAGGGAUUCACGUGCUCCAAGCAGCUCAAGGUGCAUACGCGCACGCACACGGGCGAGAAGCCCUACUCGUGCGACAUCUGCGGCAAGAGCUUCGGCUACAACCACGUGCUCAAGCUGCACCAGGUGGCGCACUACGGAGAGAAGGUGUAUAAGUGCACCAUCUGCAACGAGACGUUCACUUCCAAGAAGACGAUGGAGGGGCACAUCAAGAGCCACGCGGAGCCGGGCGGCGGUGGGGGUGGGGGCGGGGCGCGAGUGUCUCCGCCGGCCACCGCCUCGCACUCCUGCCUCCUCCUGCUCCUCACAGCGACAAGGAGAACCGCCGGGGCGAGGGCGACAGCAGCGACUCGGGAGGCGCGCAGCAGCGACGGCGAGACUCCUGCCCUGCCCGCGCCGCCCACGCACCGGCGCACCGCCCAC